AUGAUAACCAAAUUAGACCCAGAAAUUGUUACCCUCAUCAGCAAAAACAGAAAUUUGACGUCAGAGGACAUCGUACAUGUGAAACCUUUGACUAACCGAGGAAAUACUAUCCAACAUUCAGUCGCUGGUUUUAAACUCUCAACGGCAGAAAUAAACCUUUCCCAAUCAUUAGAGAACGCUAAAUGCAAACCUAACAUAUACAUAGCGUUUCUGAAGGUCCAUAAAACCGGGAGUUCUACAAUAAUGAAUAUGCUUUAUAGAUUUGCAGAAAGAUUAAACCUGAAUCUGGUUCUUCCUAAUUCCACUGGUGGAAACUUUAACUAUCUAGGAUAUGGCACAACAUUAAAUUCAUUGCAACUGGUGCCAAUACCUGCCGGAGAAAAAUACAAUAUUUUGUGCAACCAUGUUGUAUAUGACAAAUUGGCGCUCCGGGCUGUGAUGCCUAAAGAGACUCUGUAUAUUGGGAUACUACGAGACCCAGUAGCAAACUUUAUGUCUGCUUUCUCAUAUUAUGGUGGCGGGAGGUUUAUGCAGUCGAAAGUACCUGGAAAAAGUCUUUCAGAAUUUGAUUUAAUGAGAACUUUCCUUGAAAAUCCACGAAAAUAUAAUUCAUCAGGAAUAACGUAUUACGUCCACAACAAAAUGUCGUUUGAUUUUGGAUUAGAUAGAGGUGGUUUUGACAAAGACAUCGCCAUUACACAAUUCAUCUCAGACCUUGAUAAAGAUUUUACUCUGAUAAUCAUACUAGAAUAUCUGGACGAAUCAUUGGUUUUACUGAAAAGAUUGUUAUGUUGGGAGAUUCAGGACAUUUUAUAUCUACCAACGAAUGUGCGAUUUUCACCGAUAUCACAACAAUUUAACACUGAAGAAUUAACUAAAUCCAGCAUUGAAAAUUUAGAAAAGUAUAACAAAGCUGAUUUCAUGCUUUACACUUUUUUCAAACAGCGGCUUUUGGCUCAAAUAAACGAUUUGAAUUAUGAUUUUAAAUCAGAAGUCAGACAUUUUCAGGUAAUACAAACUAAACUUGCUGAUUUCUGCCGAGGGAUUUCGAGAAUGGGGAAGAUUUUGACAGUUGUUGCUAGUACGUGGCAUGGAUCGUUUAAUGUGACAAGAGAAACGUGUAUUAUCAUGAUGCGGGACGAACUAGAUCUUGUAAGGGAAAAGAUAAAUCUUGCCAUGGAUAAAUAUAUGAAAUGGCUAAGAACUAAAAAUAAAUCAUAAUGUUUUCUGUUUUCUGAAUUUUUAACUGUUAAUUCUAACCUUAGUGAGG